AUGGCUCAAGCAUCCGUCGAAUCUGUGGUCCUGGAGACCACAGCUGGAGCACCAGCCUCCGUUGCUCCGGCUGUUCCAAUCCAGAUACAGAAAGUCAAGGGCAAGAAGAGAUUCAUACAGACUCUACAGCGCAUGUCAUCGUCUCCAUCUCUGGCCAAGCUUGGUAGAACGCCGUCUUCGAGCUAUAGAACAGGAGGAAGGGCCUCGGCUUCCUGCAUAUCGCUCUCCGGCUCCGCUUCUUAUGGCUCGUAUGGGAACUCGCUGGCCUCGGAGUUCUCUGUCGGAUACUCGACCGCUCCAGCCUCAGCUGCCACCACCCCAGGAGUACCCUUUCCUUCCUUUGAUGAGAAGAUAGCUCGUUCUCGAUACCUUGGUUCUGUACCUGUUCCCGACUUCAGAACCACCACGAGAAUCGCUGAAGAGGAGGAUUAUUUCUCCAUACCCGUACAAAAGCCUGCAGAGAAGCCCAAGUCUUCUUUCAACUUCUGGAAGGGCUUGCCGUCCGAGCUGGCUAUGCAAAUCUUCUCCUACUUGGAGCCUCGAGAGGUCGUCAGAUGUUCAGCUGUUUCCAAGCAGUGGCACAGCAGAUGUUUCGAUGGUCAGCUGUGGUCUAUUCUAGACACCUCUGACUUCUAUCGUGACAUACCUGCCGAUGCUCUGAUCAACAUCGUCACUUCUGCUGGUCCCUUCGUUCGCGACCUCAAUCUCAGAGGCUGUGUUCAGCUCAGGGAACAAUGGCAUGCGAAAGGUCUAUCCGGAGCUUGCAGUAAUCUCGAAAACUUCUCUCUGGAAGGUUGCCGCAUCGAGAAGACUGCCAUUCAUUGCUUCCUGUUGCAAAAUCCAAGACUCGUGUACAUCAACCUUUCAGGCCUCGCUGGUGCAACAAAUUCGGCUAUGAAGGUCAUUGCAGAAAACUGUCCUAAGCUUGAGCAUCUCAACGUCUCUUGGUGCAAUAAUGUUGACACCAGAGGGUUGAAGAAAGUAAUAGAGGCCUGUCCCGAACUUCGCGACCUUCGUGCUGGUGAAGUGCACGGCUGGGACGAUAUUGAACUCAUGCAACUUCUCUUUGAACGGAAUUCGCUUGAACGUCUCAUUUUGAUGAAUUGCGAUUCGUUGAAUGACGAGUCGUUGUCAGUCUUGAUGGAAGGACAAGACAGCGAGAUGGACUAUCUGACUGGCAGACGCAUCGCUCCACCCCGUAAGCUGAAACACCUCGAUCUUACUAGAUGUCGUGGAAUUAGCCACAGGGGCCUUGAGAAGUGUGUCGACAGACUUCCUGAGAUGGAAGGCUUGCAAUUGAACAAGUGCCAUAGCAUUACUGAUGGUGUUCUCACAUCUAUGCUGAAUGGCAUGCCCAAACUGACACAUCUUGAUCUGGAGGAGCUCACCGAAUUGUCCAAUGCAGUACUGCAGACACUUGCCAUGGCUCCUUGUGCAAAGAUUCUGCGACACAUCUCUAUCUCAUACUGUGAGGAGUUGGGCGAUGUCGGUAUGCUGCCCAUACUCAAGAACUGCACCAAUCUAGAGAGUCUGGAUAUGGACAACACCCGCGUAUCCGACUUGUCUCUUGCUGAAGCAGCAGCCAUGGUGCGUGCUCGUGCAACGCGCACCACUCAACCCAAGCAACAGCCUGCCGUUGGUCUACGCCUCGCUGCAUACGACUGUCAAAACGUAACUUGGACUGGUAUCCGUGAGGUCCUGUCACGCAAUGCAGAAGUAAUCCGCAAGACCGUAAAGCCAGCACCAGCAUCAGACUCAGGCGAUGUCGACGGUUCAUCUGCACCGCCACAGCCGCAAACCGUUCGCACCUACCCUACACAAAUCAUCCAACUCAAGUGCUUCUACAACUACCAACCCACCGUCGAAGAACACACCAAGCGCGUCCUACGCGGCGACUUCUCGGCUGCUACACGUCUGGAGCGCAAAUGGGCCGAAUUCAUGAUCGCUCAAGAAGAAGCCGGUGCCAGUGGAGCCGGAGCCCGCAGACGCCGUCGUCGCGCCCGUGAAGCACAAAUGAUGCAUGCAGAUGAAGAAGACGGCGGUGCAAACGGUGGAGGUGCUGGUGUUGGCGGAGGUCGCAGACGCAGAGCUAGAAGCGGUGGGUGUGUUGUCAUGUAA